AUGUCGAACCAACAGCCGGCUCCACACGAAGCACAUCUUCCACCAGAUGAGGGUAAGCCGCAGCCAAAUGUCCCAGAACAGAGUCCAUCCUCAUCGGUAAAUGACAAGAUGAUUUUCUCCUGGAUAACUGAAUUUACCUAUGGCCCAAACAAGGAACAGGCCCUCUUAGAGUUGGGCAAGAAGAGAGAGAUGUAUGAGGAUUUGGCAUUGGUUCUAUGGAACUCCUUUGGUGUGAUGUCAUGCCUUUUAGCUGAGAUUGUUUCAGUUUAUUCCAUGCUUUCACCACCCACAUUAACUAUUCAAGCCUCAAAUCGGGUGUGUAAUGCCCUUGCACUAAUGCAAUGCAUUGCAAGCCAUCAAGAAACGAGAAUGCCGUUUUUGAUGGCACAGAUCCCCUUGUUUCUCUAUCCAUUUUUAAACACAACAUGUACACAUCGUCCAUUUGAAUAUCUACGUUUGACUAGUUUGGGAGUUAUUGGUGCGCUAGUCAAGAAUGAUUCACCUGAAGUGAUCCAGUUCCUUCUAACUACCGAAAUUAUUCCACUCUGUCUUAAGAUUAUGGAGUCCUCUUCAGAAUUGAAUAAAACUGUUGCCAUUUUCAUUGUGCAGAAAAUUUUACUGGACGAACAAGGACUCAAUUAUAUAUGCCAAACCUACGAUAGAUUCGAGGCUGUUGCCAAAGUGCUUGGUGUGAUAGUCAAACAGCUCGUUGAUAAACCAACAAGUAGACUAUUGAGACAUUUGAUUAGAUGCUACCUUAGACUUUCAGAUAACGUUGAGGCCAGGAAAACAUUGAAAAAGAUCCUCCCUCAAGAGCUACGGAACAAUACAUUUGCCGGUGUUCUUAACGAAGAUGAGUCUGCAAAACAGUCCCUGCAGCUUUUACUGCAAAACCUCCAAUGA